AUGAACCUGGAAGAGAAAGUCACCAUGGACUUGAUUAAUCAACCAUCUGAGCAUCUUUGCUAUGUCCGCUGCAACUUCUGCAGCACUGUUCUUGCGGUUGGGCUUCCAUUCAAACGGUUGCUGGACACUGUGACGGUGAAAUGUGGUCAUUGCAGCAACCUGUCGUUUCUGAGCACCAGACCUGCACUUCAAGGUCAAUGCCUUUCUGAUCACCCCACCUCCUUGACUCUUCAGCAGGCGGGAUGCUGCAGUGAAUUCAGAAAGGGCCAAUCCUCAUCAUCAUCUUCACCAAUAUCAAGCGAGCCAUCAUCCCCAAAAGCACCCUUCGUUGUCAAACCACCUGAGAAGAAACACAGACUUCCAUCUGCUUACAAUCGGUUCAUGAAAGAAGAGAUCCAGCGAAUCAAAGCAGCCAACCCAGAGAUCCCACAUCGAGAAGCUUUUAGUGCUGCAGCAAAAAAUUGGGCUAGGUACAUUCCUAGUCCGUCAGCUGGAUCAGAUUCUGGGAGCUGCAGCAGCACUAACAACGUAAGAGAGAAUAUCUUGUCUAUAUCUAUUUCUAUAUAUUAAUUCAUUAUUAUUAUUUAUUAAAACCCUUCUUCUUCUUUUUUCUUCUUUUUUUUGUUUGGUUGUUGUGGCUUUCCUUCAACUUGGGUUUUGCCUCUCAGAUUGAUGCUUUGAAGGGCUCAGAUUUUGCAGGAAUGAACGUCCUGGCCAUGUGCUGCCAAAACCCAAAAACUCCAUGACAUGGGAUGGGGAUGAUCACCACCUGAACUUGGGUUUUGCCUCUCUCACUCAGAUUGAUGCUUGCUUUGCUUCCCAUGGAGAUCAGCUGCCUACCUUAGCUACCACUACAUCAUCCCACUUUAAUUAGAACUUGAGUUUGACUCCCUACGUACUCUUUUUCUCUUUGUUUUUUAAUGAACUUAUUUUG